ACUGUGACACGGCGGAAGUAAAAGAGCUAUUUCCGGAAGUAACUGACGCUGCUCGUGAGCGCCGAAGCAGCACAAGACCGGGGAUGAAACGGACUUGAGUUAUUCUGUUCGUGUGCUGACUUUAACUGUGUGAGUGUGAAGGUAGGACAUAUCUGCCAGAGAGAAGAAUCCAGAAGGGAGUGUUUCUUCAAAUUCCAGUCCUCUGUGGUUGUUGGUGUUUUCUGCUGCAUUAUUGACCCUAGACGGACAGCUUUGUGGCACCUGCUGUGUAAAGUGCUCCAGUCUGUGUUACUUCCUGCUCCUGAGUGGCAGUAAGCUAACGUGAGGAGCUAACAAGAUGGACCAAAACAACAGUAUACCUGCCUUCCAGGGACUGGCCUCCCCUCAGGGUGCCAUGACCCCAGGCAUGCCAAUAUUCAGUCCCAUGAUGCCGUAUGGCUCAGGCCUGACACCCCAGCCUGUCCAGAACACCAACAGUUUGUCUAUACUGGAGGAACAGCAAAGGCAACAACAGCAGGCACAGCAACAACAGGCACAGCAGGCUAACUCAGGCCUUCCUGGAGCGUCAGGGCAGACGCCUCAGCUUUUCCAUUCACAGACUGUGGCAGGCCCAACCACCACAGCACUGCCAGGGAAUACCCCACUCUACAACAACACCCCACUGACCCCCAUGACCCCCAUCACACCGGCCACACCAGCCUCAGAGAGCUCUGGAAUAGUACCACAGCUACAAAACAUAGUGUCUACUGUUAAUCUGGGCUGCAAACUGGACUUGAAGACCAUUGCUCUGAGAGCCAGGAAUGCAGAAUACAACCCAAAGCGUUUUGCUGCGGUCAUCAUGAGAAUACGAGAACCUAGGACCACUGCUCUCAUCUUCAGCUCAGGAAAGAUGGUCUGCACUGGAGCCAAGAGUGAGGAGCAGUCAAGGUUAGCCGCAAGAAAAUACGCUCGCGUGGUGCAGAAGCUCGGUUUUCCUGCCAAGUUUCUGGACUUCAAGAUUCAGAACAUGGUGGGAAGCUGCGAUGUGAAGUUCCCUAUUCGGCUGGAGGGAUUAGUCCUCACACAUCAACAGUUUAGCAGCUAUGAACCAGAGCUGUUUCCAGGACUGAUUUACCGAAUGAUCAAACCCAGAAUUGUCCUGCUCAUCUUUGUUUCUGGGAAAGUUGUGCUCACAGGUGCCAAGGUGAGAGCAGAGAUCUACGAAGCAUUUGAAAACAUCUACCCCAUCCUGAAAGGCUUCCGCAAGACAACGUAGAGCCUGCAGGUCUUUCAAUCUCUUUUUACUGUUUUUUUUUUUUUUGUAAUCACAUGAAGCGUCAUCUAUGUUGACUUCUACAAAUGGACUGUUAUAAGGGCUUUUGUGCAGGGAUGGGAAUUGUCUUUUUCCCCCUCUCUUCAGUGUUCCAGUUUUGUUUUUGUUUUUUUUAAAGAAAAAUAGGAUUUUAACAGUUUUUUGUUGCCACGUUCUGUGAGGAAAUAUUUUACACCCAGACAUCUCUGUUUGUCGGGAAUAUUUCUGUUUUUGCCCAUUUAUUUUUUUUCAUGUAGACACAUCCCUGAACAUCCCUUUUGUACAUAAGACUGUAAAGAAAUGUAAAAUAUCGCGGACUAGAAAAGAAGCAGUCUGACUUCAGGCUGUUUCGGUGUUUUUAUUUUAAAGUGUUUUAAAUAUUUUUGUACAUUGCAUUUUUAUUAAUCAUCUGCUUGAUCCCCAAGUUGUAUCAAGACAAGUUCAAGUUUGUCAGCCCCACAUUCCUGUGGACAGUGUUUGAAAGACUGUUUCUGCCAGACCAAAUCGGUCUGCUAUUGAGCAUUUUUACCUUCAACAUUCAGAUUUAUUGGAUCUUGGUUCAGUUUAGCCUUAAUUUGAAAAAUGCUAGUUGUGGAUUUCCGAGCUUUUGACGUGAGACAGAUGUAUUACAGUUCAGUCUGUUUAGCAGUAAUUAAAGUUGGAUCCUCUUAAAUUUUGAAUUGACUGUUAGAUUAAAUUGAUCCAUGUCCUGCUGCUGAAGUUGUCAUCUAGUUGUUGGUUGGUUAGUUAUUCAAAGUUUGUGUCACUUGGUUUGGGUUUCUGAUACACUUACUUACUACACGUACUUAUAAAUCAACAAGAACCACAAUGUGAAGAAAUGACAGUAUUGGUUGAUUCUGUUGCUGCAUCUUAAAGUCACAUCCACUAGCACUAAAUGACAACAUGAUGGUAGAUAAACUCUGCACCAUGUUGCCAUGUUUAUGUUAUGUUUUAAAGUUUUGCUAUCAACUUUUAGGCCAUUUAAAACUAUAUUUAAACGUUUUCUUUUGAAGAAUUAUUUUUGAGUGUAGGGACACUGUCCUGUCCUGGUUGUCCACACGGUUUGUUUGGCCACGCCAAAAACAAGUUUAAAUUUUGGGCACUUCUUGGUGUGCUUGUGCAUCAGAGGAAACUUUCAUCUGUGUUUGUCUGCCGGCUGACAUCUGUAUCAAGUACAGAAGACAUGAGUGAUAGAAACUAAUAUGAAGUACUGAAUACUUUUGGCUGUGAAUCUGGGCUCAGCAGAAGGCGACCAGGAAGCCCUGCCACGCCAAAAUGCAAUUCUUCUGAAAUUGUUUAUGUGCUGCAAUGUGCAUUAAUAAAAAUGUACAAACCGGC